CGGCAGAGUCACCAACUGAUCAUGGUGGCUGAGCUGGCUGGUGUGCGUCGAUCGACCAACAGAUCACGGAAUCGAACACCCUGGCAUUGGGCCUUCCUUCUAUCGUUACAACAUGUAUUGAUGUAUGGAUGGAUGUACAAGAUCUAUGUUAAGCUUCCCGAAACUCAGAACAGAGUCCAUCCGUUCUGUCCUUGCAACAACAACUCAACGAGCACGCUAUCCACACUUCUCAUCUGUCUGCAGACUGCAGCUGCUGCUGCAACCUCCCAAAACCUUGACACUUGCAAAAAUCGACACCAUUCUCCUUCUUCUUCUAACAACCCACAACCCACAACCCACACAAACGACACACAACCUCUCGCACCAACCACAACCCCCAUCACGGAUCCGGACUAUCCUAACCACUCUUUCAUAUACAGCGUGUGUCUCGAACUGAUACUCAAGUUACAAACACCAGAACGGCUGUUUUGA